GUCUCUCUGGAGACAGCCAAAGAGAGCACACACUAUCAAUGGCGUCUCUGCGAGUGUUCUCCACGAAUCAUCAAUCUCCGCUUCUUCCAUCAUCGCUCUCCUCAAAACCUCUAAUAUCCUUACCACGAUUCGUCAAAAGCCCAAGCAGACAGAGUCCAAUUCGAUCCGUUCUUCAGUUCAAUCGCAAACCGGAGCUCGCCGGAGAAACGCCGCGUAUCGUUGUUAUCACAUCCGGAAAAGGCGGGGUUGGAAAGACGACUACCACCGCAAAUGUCGGUCUGUCUCUUGCUCGUUACGGCUUCUCAGUCGUUGCCAUUGACGCAGACCUCGGCCUCCGUAACCUCGAUCUCCUCCUAGGGCUAGAGAAUCGAGUCAAUUACACCGUCGUCGAAGUCCUGAACGGAGACUGCCGCCUUGACCAGGCUCUGGUACGCGAUAAGCGUUGGUCGAAUUUCGAAUUGCUGUGUAUCUCGAAACCUAGAUCAAAACUUCCAAUGGGGUUUGGUGGAAAAGCAUUGGAAUGGCUUGUGGAUGCCUUAAAAACAAGGCCAGAAGGUUCUCCGGAUUUCAUCAUCAUCGAUUGCCCUGCAGGAAUCGACGCCGGAUUCAUAACCGCCAUUACUCCGGCGAACGAAGCAGUCCUGGUGACAACUCCAGACAUUACAGCGCUCAGAGACGCCGAUAGAGUAACGGGUUUGCUCGAAUGCGAUGGAAUCCGAGAUAUAAAGAUGAUUGUGAACCGAGUGAGAACUGAUAUGAUCAAAGGAGAGGAUAUGAUGUCGGUGUUAGAUGUGCAGGAGAUGUUGGGUUUGUCAUUGCUCGGCGUGAUUCCUGAAGAUUCCGAGGUAAUCAGAAGCACGAAUCGAGGGUUUCCACUUGUUCUGAACAAGCCUCCAACGCUUGCGGGAUUGGCAUUUGAGCAGGCAGCUUGGAGACUCGUGGAGCAAGAUAGUAUGAAGGCUGUUAUGGUGGAGGAAGAGCCUAAGAAACGUGGAUUCUUCUCUUUCUUUGGCCGCUGAAUGGGAUACAAACCGGAUGGAACCGAACUGAUCUGGACUUCUUCGGGAUAUUCCGGUAUCCAAUGAGUUGUUGAAAUUGAAAUGCUUGUGCAAAACUGAAGCUCUUAGCCGGCUUAGCUGAUCUGACUAGAACCAACAUGACUGCACUUCUCUAAUAGGGUAUACAUCGUAGAAAUUACAUUAUACAUGACUAUUCUGUUGAUUUGCCAAGGGUACAGAUUCUUUUGUUGAACUUUUUAGUCUUACUCUGCUUGUUGGUUGUUGUCUUUUUAAGUUUGAAGACUUUUGCCCAUCAUAAUUUCCAAUGCCAUUGAUACAAUGAUAAGCCCUCAAAACUUUUUAUUUAUUGGAACAAAACAAGUUUACAUACUGUACUCUGACA